UGAGCGCAACAUGCGGCUCCUUAACGUCGACACGUUCAGCUUUACGGAGUACUUCGGGACGACACCCCCGCCGUAUACGAUCGCAUCGCAUCGCUGGACGGCGGGCGCCGAGGCGAUGAAGCGGACGGAUACAUCUGGGUAUCGCAAGGUGCAAGGGUUUGUAGCAUACAUAAGGACAUACCUACUACUAGUGAAGUGGUUGUGGGUCGACACGUGUGUUACGGGUCAACUGCCAAAGGGUAGUUUACUCGAGGUAGCUUCUUGAGAAUGAGUAGCGAGGUAGGAGCAGGAAAGGGUCU